AUGAAUACCAAUGUGUAUAUCGAUGAUAAAGACAAUUUAAGUAAAAAUGAACAAAGUGUAGAAAUAAUAUAUAGCCCAAUAAAUAAUAAUAUAAAUAACGAUUUUAAAAAGACAGAGAUAGAUAAGGAAGAAUCAAAUAAAAUAAAACAUCUUGUGAAUGAAUUGCAUAAUAUUAAAAAUAAUCUAUUUGGCAAUUGUCCUUUUUCCAAUUAUAUACAUUUUUAUGAAAUUUAUAAUAACUUAAAAUAUAUAGUAAAAUAUGAAAGAAAGAAAAACGCAAAAGAAUUCUUUUCUGUAUACUCAACUAGGAAAAAAUAUGUUUUUUAUUUAAUUUAUUUGAUUCUGUUAUUAUUAAAUAUAUGUUUAUUAUUUCGUUUACAAACUGUGAUUAAAUUUCCUUUUUGGUAUAAUUACUACUAUUUUUAUGAAAUUAAUUUCCAUGUAUUUUUCACAUUUUUUGUACUAACUUAUUGUGUAUUCAAUGCGUAUUUAUUUGUUUUUACAUACAAAGAGUUACUCUAUCAUAUUAACAUUAUGUGUAUAAUUAUUAUACAGACAUUAUAUAAUAUAUAUAUCAAGGAAAAGAAUAAAGAAAUAUAUAGAAACACUGAAAUGUUAAUAGAAGGAUGCAAAAGAAUAUUUACCAAUUUAGAUAAAAAUUUUCCUAAUAUUAUCUUAUUACGUACUGAUAAUAUUUUUAAUAAAUUUACAAAUAUAUUUAAAUACAUAAGCAAUAAGGAUUAUGAAUAUGAAAAUUUAUAUUCCAAUCAUGAAGAUACAUUUAUAAAAUUAGAUGAAAUGAAAAGCAUCCCAAGUUCAUGGAAGAAUUUACCAUCUAAUGAAACAGAUCAAAAUAGUGUAUAUAAAAAUAAGGAUAAAAAAAAAAAAAAAAAACACAAUGUAGUGGUAAAUAUAAAAAAUUCAGAAGUUUAUAAAAAAUUAAUUAAUGAAUCGAGUAACGAUCAAAUGGCUAGUUAUUAUAACAAUGGUAACACAAAUAAAAAAAGUAUUUACAACAUAUUUGGAAAUUCUAUUUAUUCAAACAUUUACGACAUAAAUAUAUACAUGAGACAUAGAAAAAAUUAUAUACAUUCAUUAAUAAUCAGUAAAUGUAAAGAAAAAAUAAAUUAUAUACAAUUUAUAUUUUAUUUUAUACCAUAUAUAAUUAAUCUAUUUAUUAAUAUAUCCACAACUAUUUAUAUAUUAUUUUCAGUUUAUUAUUAUAAUAAUAUGAUACCUUUAGCCCCACCUUACGAAUUAUCAAAAUUGCAUAUUUUCAAUAUAUUAAAUUAUAGAGGUAUCUAUUAUAUUUUAUUUAUAUUUUUCCUUAAUUUCUUUUUCUUUUUAUACUCUUUAUUUCUUUAUAAGUUAAAUACUACAUAUUUUUUCCUUCGCCAAAUAUACAAGCAAUGUAAAUAUGAAUCUACAUAUUAUUGUGAACAUAUUAUGAAUGAAAUAUAUGAAAAGUAUAUAUUUUCAGAAAUUAUUAAAACCAUUUUUGAUAAAAAUAAAAAAAAGUCUGUACAAUAUAAAAAUCCCAAAAAAGAAAAAUAUUCUCAAAAAUUCCAAAAAGUAACAAAACAUAUUGAUAAUGAUAUUCAUAACAGCACACCACAAUAUGAAGUUAUAGAUAAAGACAUUUUCAAUUCAAAUGAUGUAACAAAUUAUUUUCGAGCUAAUAUAAAAAAUGAUGAAACUGUACAUGGUGGGGUACACAUUAAAUUAAAUGAAAUAUCUUUGGAUGAUACUAAUAAAAUAUUUCAAAAAGAAAGAGAAAAGGAGAAAGAGGUGUCUAGUUGCAUCAAAUGUUUUUCGAACAGCUAG